AUUUCGUAUGUUAAUUAGUUUGAAUUGACUUUGAUUAGAUUUAUGUUGGUACCAGUGAAAAAAGUGGGUUGAUCGAGGAACUGGUGGGGAAUUGAAUAUGUCGGCUUUUGCUGACAAGUAAAUUGUCAGAAAAGAUCUAACUGGAAUCUAAAAGGAUUGUUAAAUAAUUGUUUUCAAUGAAAUAGCUGGCAUUUUUUUGAAACAUUGAUCUUGUGUUUUUGGGCAGCCAAAAUGAUUGGCGGUUUGUUCGUGUACAACCAUAAAGGGGAGGUGCUCAUCUCUCGGGUGUACAGGGAUGAUAUUGGUAGAAAUGCGGUGGAUGCAUUCAGGGUGAAUGUGAUUCACGCUAGGCAGCAGGUUCGUUCACCUGUGACCAAUAUCGCUCGCACCUCAUUCUUUCACAUAAAGCGCGCUAAUAUCUGGUUGGCUGCAGUCACCAAACAAAAUGUUAAUGCUGCCAUGGUCUUCGAAUUCCUCCUGAAGAUCAUUGAAGUAAUGCAAUCUUACUUUGGAAAGAUAUCUGAAGAGAACAUCAAAAAUAAUUUUGUUCUUAUUUAUGAGUUGCUUGAUGAAAUAUUGGAUUUUGGUUAUCCGCAAAAUUCUGAUACUGGCGUUCUGAAAACGUUCAUCACGCAGCAAGGUAUUAAAUCUGCUACAAAAGAGGAGCAAGCUCAGAUUACGUCACAGGUCACUGGGCAGAUUGGAUGGAGGCGUGAGGGCAUCAAGUAUAGACGUAACGAACUGUUCUUGGAUGUUCUUGAAUACGUAAACUUGCUGAUGUCUCCGCAAGGUCAAGUAUUGUCGGCACACGUUGCUGGUAAGGUCAUCAUGAAGAGUUAUCUGUCUGGAAUGCCUGAAUGCAAGUUCGGUAUCAACGAUAAGAUCGUGAUGGAGGCGAAAGGAAAGAGCGGUUUGGGCGGAGCUGCGGAGACGGAAGCCACCAGAUCUGGAAAACCUGUAGUCGUCAUUGAUGACUGCCAAUUCCAUCAAUGCGUGAAGCUCAGUAAAUUCGAGACAGAACAUUCCAUUAGUUUCAUCCCGCCCGACGGCGAAUUCGAACUUAUGAGAUACCGCACCACCAAAGAUAUAUCGUUACCAUUCCGCGUAAUUCCAUUGGUGCGCGAAGUAGGAAGGACCAAAAUGGAAGUUAAGGUAGUGUUGAAGAGCAACUUCAAGCCGUCGCUGCUGGGUCAGAAGAUCGAGGUGAAGAUUCCGACUCCUCUCAACACGUCCGGCGUUCAAUUGAUCUGCUUGAAGGGUAAGGCCAAAUACAAGGCCUCCGAAAACGCAAUAGUUUGGAAAAUCAAACGGUUGGCCGGUAUGAAAGAGACCCAACUUUCGGCUGAGAUCGAGCUUCUAGAGACGGACACAAAGAAGAAGUGGACGAGACCGCCGAUUUCUAUGAACUUCGAAGUGCCGUUCGCUCCGUCCGGCUUCAAAGUGCGUUACCUGAAGGUGUUCGAGCCCAAAAUCAAUUACUCUGAUCACGAUGUCAUCAAAUGGGUCAGGUACAUCGGCAGGAGCGGAUUAUACGAAACAAGAUGUUGAACUAUCUUCAAUAUAGGUGAAACCGUAGUCCACAUUUUCUCAAAUAACACAAACAUAUUAUUAUUUGUUAUAUAUACAUAAUAUAAUUAUAUAUUAAUUUUAAUCUUAUUUUAUAUUUUUUACGUAAUUCGCUUUAUUCUGUAUAGUAAAUCCAUAUCCAUCAGAUUCGUUAAUUUUGUCAAACAAAACAAAAAAAAACAUGAGAAGAUAUUAUUUUAGCUUAAAGUUCGUAUGUGCGAUGUGUAAUCGAUUAUUAUUAUAUUAUUCUAAAUGUGGAAUCUAUUAAGUGUAUAUUAAGAGUAAAUGUGCUUGCUUCUAAGCUUAUUCAAUGAAAAAUAAACCCUGUUAUUUCCUCUUUUGUAGAACUGUGUGUUCGUUUCGUUGAUUCACUAGGUGUCGAGUCUAUAAUAAAAUGGGUAAUAAUGAAUAAAUAAACGAGGAUUUGAAAAUAUGAA